CGCAGACGAGGUUUAUCGUCGAUGACCGAUGGAGCCAAGGAAGAAACAGAGACCUAGUCUCUUUACUUGCGAAGCCUGCAAAUUUCUUCGCAAGAAGUGCACGUACGACUGUCCAUUAGCGCCACACUUUCCUGCAGAUGGACCCUUAAGGUAUCCAAUAGUGCACACAAUUUUGGGGCGCCAUAAUGUCACCAAGAUUUUGCAAAACUUGCCGGAGUUGAGCCGAGCGGAUGCAGCAACGACGUUGUAUCUCGAGGCCGAGGCAAGGAUUAAGGAUCCGGUUUGCGGAUGCUCUGGCGAAAUUUACAGAACCGAGAAAAGGAUUACGGAGCUCCAAGCAGAAAUUUACAGAGCCGAGAAAAGGAUUACGGAGCUGAUGCAGCGUAUAGACAUUUUGGAGGAGAAGAUUCGCAAGAGACCGAAUGAGGAGGGGAUGGUGGCUGUCACCUUGCAGCUCUUCACGUAAAAUUUCUUCAGAUAGAUCAGAAUGGAUUUUUAGCUCGUUGCCAGUCUCGAACAAUCUUAGAGAGACAUAAACCAUUGAGGAAGAGUGACUCAACCUCCUGAUCUGUACCUCCUUGUUCGAGGUCUUCCUUCCUCGCACAUAAACUAUUUCCUUAUAGAAUUCAUGGUCGCAUGAUUGUCAUUCUCUAAUUCUCGUUUUCUCAAUAUAAUUUUGCUUCUUU